ACAAGCAGUGAUCAGAAAACCUGAGAAUAACCCCCCAUGAGCCCCCUGUGUGACGCAGGCAUUGAAACUCCUGAGCUGCUAAUUAUGCCUUUCCCCUGGAGGAUUCUGAGGGAGCUGAUGCCCAGGACCCUGGAGGGACAGAUCACCAUGGAGAAGACCCCCAGCUACUUCGUCACCAAGGAGGCCCCGGCGCGCAUCUCCUCCAUGUGCAAGGGCACCAAGCUGAUCGUGGUGGUGCGGGACCCCGUGACCAGAGCCAUCUCGGACUACACCCAGACGCUCUCCAAGAAACCUGACAUCCCCACCUUCGAGAGCCUGACCUUCAAAAACAGGACUACGGGCCUGAUUGACACCUCGUGGAGCGCCAUCCAGAUCGGCAUCUACGCCAAGCACCUGGAGAACUGGCUCCUCCACUUCCCCAUCGGGCAGAUCCUCUUUGUCAGCGGGGAGAGGCUGAUCAGCGACCCUGCGGGGGAGCUGGGCAGGGUCCAGGACUUUCUGGGCCUCAAGAGGAUCAUCACCGACAAACACUUCUACUUUAACAAAACCAAGGGCUUCCCGUGCCUGAAGAAGGCAGAGGGCAGCAGCAAACCCCACUGCCUGGGGAAGACGAAGGGCAGGACCCACCCUGACAUCGACCAGGAGGUGGUGCAGAGGCUGCGGGACUUCUACCGGCCCUUCAACAUGAAGUUCUACCAGAUGACAGGGCAGGACUUCGGCUGGGACUGAGCCUGGCAUGGGAAAGUCCCCUUUUAUUACUUGCCCAGCACGGUUUGCUUAUAUAAAGAGAUAUAUAUGUAUGUAAAAUGUACAGAAAUCUAUUUUAUAAUAAUUUAUUUUUAAUUCCUAAGCAAUUAAUUCACUAAGCUGCCUAACCGCACUGACUAGAACGGUAGCCUGUAACCUCUUUAACAUUCCACUAUGUUUAAUUCUAAUGUCUCUCUUUGUUUUUUUCCCCUUCUGCUUUCUCUUUGGUUUGGUUUGUAACAGACAGUGCUUCCACUUUUCCUAAACAAAAUUUGUAUCUAAAAA